AUGCAGCGGUACGGGUGCCAAGACUUCGUCGAGGAGAUUGCUCAUCUCCAGAAGCUGGCCGAGAUGCUGCCAGACUCACCAGUCACCGAGAGCAUGGCCAACACCUUCAUGGCUAAGAUCCAGGGAUUCCAGUCCUGGUCCUCGGAGAGCAUCUGCCAAAUGCUUGCCAAGGCCGGCGAAGCUUCCAAACUGCCAGAGGCCAUGAAAGCAAAGAUUCUGGACACCAUCCAGAAUUUGUCCAUGAACACCGGCUCCCAGCUCAAGUUGGUGAACACUGGCCAGUCCGUCCAGCGGCUGUGUCCAUACUUGACCAGGCCAGACUGGGUCGCUUUGUCCACCCUCACGAGCCAAACGGACCAGCUGGAGCUCUUAGCCAAAAGACUCCGAGCCAUGGGACUGCAUUCUUUAAAAGAAUGCACCAAGGGCCAAGCGGUCGCCAUUGUCUUGAUGGUGCAAGCUUCGCAAGGCAAGCCAAGCCUUUCGGCAGCUGCCAUCAACUCGGCAGUCCAGGACUUCGGAAUCAUCUUCCAGUCCCUGCCAAGCAGCAAUUGCCCCGGCGCCAGCAGAUAUCCAGACCAUCCAUCAGAGAUGGGCCAGCUUUGGCUCUCCAAGGCCUAUGGUCCAGGCGACCAGCCAGAUCUGCAGGACCCAUGCCUGGCUCCAUUUUUGAAGAAAGUGCCUCUUCGAAGCACCCAUGCUUCAUUGGCCGGCGGCACCAGGUGCAGGUCCAAGCGGCCUCCAGCGACACCUCAGGGCUCCACCUUAAGCUUCGACCAGGAGCUGGAAAUGCUGAAGCUGCGGCAUGGCAUCCAAGCCCAAGCAGCCACACAAGGCACAGCCACUCUGCAGGGAAGCCAAGGGCCCACCGCCGCAGCAACAGCAGUGUUGCCUUGGCUGUCGCCGCGAAGCAUGGUCCAGUCCCACAGCCAGAGUGCUGCCAGCACAACUGCCCCUGGCCAGGUCUUUGGCCAGAGCACAGCAUCUGCCGCUGCUUUGCCACUUCCUCCGGCAAGCCCGCCUCCUGAAGCCACGACCAGAGUCGAAGCAGCUCCCACGGAGACGACUGCCAAGGAAGACAGUGCCAAGCAGGACGCCAAGACAUUGCAGGAGUACGAGCAGGAGCAGUUCCAGAAGCUGCUGGAUGCCAAGGCCGACAAGAAGAAGAAGGCCAAGGAGGACGGCCAGGCCGACCAGAAGCCCAAGAAACAGCAUAUGAAGCGGCCAGCAGCAGCCAUGUCUACCCGACAAAGCUCGGCGAACCAGGGCACCACCUGCAACGGCCAUGAGGCUGGCAAAGGUGCCACCGCCGCCAAAGGCGGCAGCACAAAGAUCCUCUACGGAUGUAUCCGCUGUCGUGGUAACGUUAAGGGAUGCUCCAGUUGUUGGGACCCAAACUUUCGGGGCACCCGUCUCCACGGCCGCCAAGCUUGGAGGGAGUACAUCGAGGCCCACAAAGCCAACAAGGCCAUGAAGACGGCUCCCAAGAAGUAUUGCCAGGCAUGGUUCCAGGCAGUUUGUUUUCUUGCAGGGCAGCACCAAGGGGCCCAGGUGCAGGGUCACUCCCAAAGUGCACUGGCUGCUUUUGUGGAAGUCGCCAAGGAACAAGGCCUCCCAGAGAAGAGCUCUUCCAAUGACCAGCGGAAAGCCAGGGAGGAGCUUCUACAGAGCUGCCAUGGUGGGCUACUGGGUCCUUUGAUCCAAGAAGCAGAGGUCACCACCGAUGAUGGUGCCAAAGUCACCAUGUACUUUGCCAACCUCUUGGUUUACCUGGCCAGUCUUUUCCAGAUGGGUGGAAGCUUCCAUGAUCUGAUCCAAAGGAAGCACCGAGCCAACCCAUCAUCCGUCUCCAAGCCAUGGCAACUUAUACUUUAUGCAGAUGAGGUGAUACCAGGAAACGUCUUAGGACCUGCCCAACGUAAAUUUUGGGCCAUUUAUGCCAGCUUCAGGGAGAUGGACCAAUUCCUCCACCACGAGGACCUCUGGCUGACCAUCUCUCUUGAAAGGUCCAACUUCGUGAGCCAUGUCCAGGGCGGCAUCUGCCAGAUCAUGUCCAAGAUCUUGGAAACCAUUUUCGCCAAUGCCCACGUGGAACCAUUGGCAGGGUUUGUGUUGAAAUCCCCACAUGGCCCAGGUUCCGAUGUCCGGCUCCAUUUCCGGUGGGCCAUAUGUCUGGCAGACGGCGGUGCCCAUAAGCAGAUUUGGUCUUCCAAAGGUGAUUCUGGUACCAAAUUUUGCAUAUUAUGCGCCAACAUCCACUCAGGACCACCCACAGGCGACAACCACGACAUCAUGGACCACCGCACGACCAAAUACAGCCAAUUGGUUUUGACCACUGAUGAAGACGUCAUCCAGUCCUACCGCAGAUUAGACGAAAGGCGAGCCACGUGCAGGACCAAAGCAGAAUUCUCGCAAUGGCAACAAGCCACCGGUUGGACCUGGAAUCCCCAGGCCUUGCUCCUGAACCAGACUUUGUUGGCGAAGAACCAAGUGAAGCCAGUCAGCCAGUUCUGCCAUGACUGGAUGCACGGCAUUCUGCAAGGAACGGCCCCAGUCGUGCUGUUCCAGAGCUUCCAAGCCAUCUCCGAGCACUACAACAUUUGGGAGGCCAUGGGCCCAUACAUAAGGAUGUGGAACUUUCCAGGUGCUUCCAAGGCCGGUCACUUGGCUGGUUUGUUCGACACAAGCAAGGUCGCCAAGUACAAGAGCAGCCAGAAGUUCAGUUGCCAAGCUUCGGACCUCCUAGGGCUUUAUCCAAUCAUUCGCCAUUUUUUGCAUUCUGUUGUUGUGUCAAGCGGAAUCUGCCCAGAGGCUUGCCAAGCUUUCUUGAGCCAGGCCUGCUUGAUCGACCAGGUUCACCAAGGGGUCAUGUAUGGAGCCACCACCAGAGCCAGCCUUCUCAGGGCUGCGGAAGAAUCCAUCGAGACCUUCCAACAGGCCAACUUCGACGUGCCACUGAUGCGGAAGUGGCACUGGCUGCUCCACUUGCCUGAUAUUCUCCAACGGCAUGGGUGCCUGCCAUCGACAUUUACGAGCGAACGAAAGCACAAAACCAUAUCUGCUUUCGCCACAAGGCUCCAGAAAACAGCCGCCUUCGAGAUCCACUUGCUCAACCAGGUGCUCGCCACCGAGAUCACCACUUUGACACAGGCCGGGCUGUUUCCAGACUCCUGCCAGUUGGUGAAGCCAAAGAAGCCCAACAAGCACCAGCUGCAAUUCCUCAACCAGUUUGUGGAUUGCUCAGCAACUGAAGCCAUGGUUGCCUCUAUCGCGAGGCUCGCAAGGGGUGGUGCCAUCCAUGCCAACGACGUCGUGGUGUUCCACCAGGAAGACGGAAGAUGGGACAUGGGCCAAGUGCUUUUCCAUUUGGAGCUUGGAGGCGACAAAGCCACACUCGUCCAACGUUGGAGGCCAACAGAGACACAGAAGACAAAGCAGUUCGCCAAGUGCUCCAUCACCAACGAGCAAGGCUUCGUGUCCAUGGACUCCUUGCUGUACCCAAUGGUGUACAGCAAGACCACAGAGAGGGAGGCCACUGUGCUGCUACCGUACCAGCUGUACCACAGGCUUUGA